GCAGGCAUAUCAAUGGUGGGGGGGGAGGAAAGAAGAGGAAGAGAAAAAGGGGAAGAGGGUGAAUCACCCUGCAUUGGGGAUAUGCAGAGGAGACAACUGAAAUACGAAGAGCCAGAAUCAUACUUCCAGGGAAUGAAUCCAAUCUUAGCUAAAUUCAGGCAGAACAAGGAGAUGGCAGCCCCCCCCCCAACAGGAGGAAGGAUGGCUCCAUGCCUGGGGAUGGGAAAAGGAAGGAAGGAAGAAAGGAAAGGAGGGAGGGAGGAAAAGAGGGAGGGAGGGAGGAAGGAAAGGAGGGAGGGAGGAAGGAAGGAAGGAAAGGAGGGAGGGAGGAAAGGAGGAAGGAAGGAAAGGAGGGAGGGAGGAAAUGGAGGGAGGAAGACUCGGGGAAGGAAGGAAGUGAGGGAGGGGGGAAGGAAGACUCCACGCCUCGGGGUAGGGGAAGAGCCUUUGGCAAAGGAAGACCCUCCCUCGCCUUUGUCACAGGAUUGGAUUUCUUCCCGUUCAGGUUUUCCUCAAAUCGCUCCAGUGUCUCCAGUGGCAUGGGCGGGAAUUGGGAACCGAAAAGGAGUUGCUCCCCUUAACCCUUCAGGGAACCCACCCUGGCGGUGGGGGGGUGGGGGGAACCUACAGGGAAGAGAAGCCCACCUACAGCCAAGAGAGGCAAGAUUCCUGGCCCGCCCUCCAGAUGUUCUGGCUGGAGGAUGCAGAGACGAGCACAGCUGGAAGAGCUGGCUGGGGAAGGGAGGCGAGAAACGGGGGAAGGAAAGUGCGGAGAGAGCAGGACCGUUUGGGACGGAGGGCGCGCAGGCAGCCCCCUCCCCAGGGGAAGAAGUGUGGAGGGGGGGAGAAGACCCCACCCCCGUAGGCAGCGCAUACUGCAAAGGGGCGGCACCGACCUCCUGCACGGACGGACGGGCGCUGCUCGUUUUAUUAGCAAAAAUGGAAAAUGGCAGCUAUAAAAAUAGGUGGGAUUUUUUUUUAAUUUCUUCUUCUUAGAAAACUAGGCAACUGCUAUACUUUCACUCUUAGUGAUUUUAAUAACUUUUUAAAAUUUUGAAUGUAAAUCGAUUCGCAGAAGUUUUAUUGCUACACUGAGUUUGCAUCAAUAAGAAAUGUGUAUAAUUUCAAUCAAAAUACGUUUUCUAAAUUUCUCAUUUAAGAGUCAGAUUAGGUCCAAAAUCUCAGGGCUGGAAUUCAAAACUUUCCAUAUUCAAAACUUUGAUUAAAAGCAACUAGGUUAAUUCUACAAAAACAAAGAACUUUUUUCUUUUUAUUAUUUUUAAAAUAAAUUUAAUUUAUUCUGAAAGAAAUAUGUUAAAACAAUGAACGCAGUUGCAGCUUUUUCAUAAAGGAAAUAUUCCUACUUUGAAAACGUAAUGUAGAAAUUGUGCAGUAAAACUGCAAUCUUACAGUGAAAUUCGGUGCAAUAUUUGUAUUAAGGGUAUACUUUUAAAAAAAGUAAAAUGUUCUACUCUUUUGUAAUAAAAAUAACCAGCAUAUAAACAUUUUCCUUGUCUGCAAACACAACAAAAUGUUAUACCCCUGAAAUUUUCCCUACCUGUUCCAAAAGUUCAAGUCAAAAUUUCUGUCAAAUGCUGACAAUAAAGCAGUUUUUGUCACAAUUUUAGAUCAU